AUGGCUACUCCUACCAACUUCAAGAGAAUCGUGGUAUGCGUUGAUGGGACCUGGUACAAUGAAGACGGACAGGAAGGCCGCGGCAGCGGGAACAACAGCAACAUUUUCCGCAUCUAUGCCUCGGUGAAGGUCGACGAACCGGUCACUGAUGAGUUCGGAAACACCAUCACGCAGAUUGUAAGAUACUUUCCAGGUAUUGGUGUCGACAAAAAGCCGUUAGAUAAGUGGAACGACGGUAUGACUGGCAAAGGCUGCACGACGCAGAUCAAAGAAGUGUUUACUUUUUGCUGCACGAAAAUCACGUCCAAGGACGACGAAAUCUGGCUGUUUGGCUUCAGCCGUGGGGCUUAUGUUGUCCGAGUUGUAGCCAAGCUGCUUAACAGUUAUACAUUGAAAGAAGCACUUGACUUCAAGGACGAGUCUGUCUGGAAUUCCAUCAAAAGUUUCAUCGGUCAAGAAUUCACGCGUCAACCCCCGAAAAUCAAGUUUUUGGGGUUAUUCGACACGGUCAAACAGGUCCUUGCGGGAGAUACAUUUGGGGAAGACGUGGGAACGGAUGUCAGCUUUGCUCACCAUGUCCGACACGCACUCGCGCUAAAUGAGGCGCGGAGAGCAUUCCCGCUGCUCCCCAUCGAAGCAAGUGAAGGCACCACGUCCGAUGGGAAUCAGACCUCGCACCUCCAAGCCUGGUUCGUGGGUGCCCACGCGGACAUGGGGGGCGGAGCCGAACAUGAUGGCCUUUCCCUGUAUCCUCUGCAGUGGAUGUUGGUCGAGAGUCGAGAUCGAGGAUUGGUGCUGGAGCACAAUCCCGCAGAUCGCCGUAAAAACUUGAUAGAUGAUCCGCUGGAACUGGUCUUUCCAAAGUCUUCCCCUCUCGUCUCGGCUCAGAAAGCUGGAAUACCUGCCGGCGAUGCUGAUUCAAUCAAGCCGGAGCCGUGGACCUUUAGGUAUUCUAGCAAUAUCGAUAUCUCCAUGUACGACCUUCGAGACUCACACAUGCACGGCAAUCUGCAGAAGAUUCCUCCGAAAAAGCUUCAAAGGCCGAAUGUGAGACGUAGCAACAGUGCCACACAUUGGGUCGCUGUCAAUACGGGCCUCCUUGGCACCUUUGGGCUGGGUCCGCGACAGAUAUUCCGCCAUAAUUCCUCCAGUACUUCUCUGCAAGGAUAUCAAGACGCCUCACCCAAUGGAACGGUGAUACAUCCUUCGGCCUACUUUCUCUCGGACACCUAUCCCACGCUGGGAAUUCAGGAAGCUCUUGAGAGUCUGAAAAAGCCUUUGGAUGAUUUCAGAAAGACGUCCAAUAUGACGUACAUAUCAGACAAUGGGGACGCCAAAAUUGACCCAUGGAUCAGGGAUUUCCUCUCCAACAAGGUCACGACCUGUCGGAUUCUGGUAUGUGGUAACACGGGUGUCGGCAAGUCCACGCUUUUGAAUCGUGUAUUUGGUAUUACAAUGACUCAAGAAGAAAAGUCGCAGAAGGGAAGACACAAUAUUGAGGAAGGCUUUGAAUCGGAUCAGCACCCAGGUAUCAUCAUUCACGAUUCCGAGGGGUUUCAAGCGGGUGAUACCAGGGAAAUUUCUGCUUUCAAGAAGUUUCUCAAGACGCGGGCGGAUAAAGCCGACGUGAGCCAAAAGCUCCAUGCGAUAUGGCUCUGCAUCGACACGGACAGCGACCGUCCAGUUCAGACGGCGCUGGUGAAUGUAUUGAAACAAGUUACGAAGUACAUGCCUGCGACUCCGAUCAUCGUCGUGGGCACGAGAAAGGACAGGUUUCUGGAUCGGCACCGGGAUGGAAUUGAGAAAGACUUGAUUCUCAACAAGCAGGAAGUUUUCAAAACUAGUUUUGAAGAUGAUGUAGAGACAUCCCCACUCUGGCCUAUGUUGAACACCAAGUUCACAUUUGUUUCCCGCGACGAUCAAGAAUCCAUUAAGUCACUGAUACACGAGACUGUGGGUUUCUUCAGCGAUGCCAGCGUGUCGGAGGCAAUGAUUGCCGCCCAGGUCCCGGACAUCAAUGCCAAAAUUGACCUGGCCAUCGAAAAAACAUUGAAGUUUCUGAAAGCGGCCGUUGGGGCGGCGUCAUCAGGAUUUGGGACUGGCGUUGUAUCAGCAGUGUCUACGCCAACUAUCUCUAGGGUUCUCUGCCGCGACAUCGCGCAUGGUUGCUUCGGGCUUCCAGAAACAGGCAUCGCUCAGAUGGAUACGAUUCUGGCCAGCGUUGUGUGGAAGAACCUUGCUCCGUUCAUGGCUCAGGCUGUUGGCCAGUAA